AUGGAUUGCGGUCAGUGUGCUGGAAGAGAGGCAUAUACCUCGGUAAAGCAGCAUUUUCUCAAAUACAUUGAUAACCCGGAUGAACUGUCAUCUACAGUUGAUCCGUUGGCAGAGGACGCUGAAGUAUGUGCACCACAACGCAAGGCUAUACAAUUGUAUAAACAUCAUACUAACAGUUACCCAAAGUCACCAUGGGAAUCACUUCGACGGGAUGAACAGAUCAGAGCCGAGAUAUCCCAGGAUCUUGAAAGAUGUCUCCAGGAAAACAGCUUCUUUCACGAUCCGAUAGUCAAACUCAGGCUUCUCAACAUCCUGUUCGUAUUUGUCAAACUGAACCCAGAUCUGGGCUACAGGCAAGGAAUGCAUGAGCUGCUCGCUCCUAUACUGUGGGUAGUAACGCAAGAUGCUAUUGAUCUGCAAACCCUGAAUGAGGACGUAGCCUUCGCUGCUGCUGGUGAACAGGCGUUGAUGCUACAGUCCCUCGAUCCAACAUACAUCGAGCAUGACUCCUUUAUCCUCUUCUGCGCUAUUAUGCAAACUGCUAAGGAGUUCUAUGAACAUAACGAUAGCAAGAGUGGUGGAGGAGGGAGCUCGGAAGUAUCGUCUAUCAUUGCGCGAAGCCAACAUAUUCAUCUGGGCAUACUGCGAAAGAUAGACCCUGAACUGGCUGACCAUCUUGUUGCUAUUGAAGUCUUGCCGCAGAUAUUCUUGACGCGAUGGAUAAGACUCUUGUUUGGCCGGGAGUUCCCCUUUGACGACGUGCUUGCCGUCUGGGACUUGGUUAUUGCCGAGAACGUGAGGGCAUCACUAAUUGACAUGAUAUGUGUUUCAAUGUUACUACGUAUUCGAUGGCAGUUGAUGGAAGCGGACUACUCGACUGCCUUGUCCCUUCUACUAAGAUAUCCGUCUCCAAAACCUAUCAAACCACGUACUUUUGUUCUAGAUGGUCUCUAUCUAGAGCACAACACAACGUGUGAAGGUGCCUCUUACCUUGUUCAUAAGUACUCCGGCAGAAAUAUUCCCCAGACGGUCCAAAACUGCGCGUCUCCUCCUCCUAGGUUCGGGAUGUCUCUACCCAGUAGACAGAAGAGCAGAUCCAUUACUCGAGAUAUUUUCAAUAGCCCGAGCAGUUCACCGAACAGGCUAACCGCGAAACGCCUUGACUCUAUAUUCCAGGAUGUUUCGGAGGGCCUGUAUCGUCGGGCAGAAGGCUGGGGCGUCACAAAAGCCGUACGUGGUGCGGUGACUGAAGCUCGCCGCAACAUGCAGGGUCUUCAAGCAGGCGGGACGAACUCUGCAUUAUUUAGCCAUGAUGGCCCGGUAUGGGAUUCCCCCAGUCCACCUCGACUAUCACUCGCUACAGUUAGAGAGUUGCAGCUGAGGGUGGCCACGAUGGAGCAAAGGAAUAAAGACUUGGCGAUGAUGUUAGAGGAUGCACUGAAUGUUUUGCAUACCCAGCAGCCGGCCCCAUCAGGAGCAGCUGAGGAGAAAGGCGCAGAGACAGAGGCCAGCCUAUCGGCAAUUAAUGAUGCCGUCGCUGCCAUUCGAAAGGUGAAGACCUGUCUUGAAGAUGCCUCGAUUCCACUGGACUCUACCGGCACUGGAGGAGAAGUACAUCCUCCAUCCAACGCUCGGAGCAGCGACGAUUCUCCGACCAGAGGAAGAGCCCAGACUGCCAUAGCCCGUAACCCUGCGCGAGUAGAGUCGAGCGAGAAGGGCGAAGACAAGGCUACUAUCGCUGCCGAGAACAAGACGAGCAUGAAGGAGCCGCAGUCGCCGCAGUCGCCGCCAAGCAGCGUCACUACUGCAACCACCAACAGCAACAACACUCUGCCAGCAAAGAUGGGAAAUAACAUCAAAUACAAUAAUACGACAGCAUCGAUGACAAUGCAUCCGAGCCGACCAACACGAACCUCGGUCCGGGAUUCAUCCUUCGCUUGGAUCCUGGGCGACGAUCAAGCCCGGCCAAGCUUUGCAACGAGCGCAUCCGCGCCUCCCGAGCAGAGACGAGUGCCCCUGAAAUCUAUCUUUGAUGACCCUGAGGCCCAGAGUGACAGCCGGGCAGCUGCUGGAGAUUUGCUCCUCUCUGAUUUACAGCAUGCACCGCAGUCGAUGCAGCAGCGGCGGCGACAACAGUCCCCGGGUCAGUGA